CCAUGUGACCAAGGGAAGGGUAAGAUGGCGCUGUCCACUAAGCCCUGGAGCCUGGUACGGCUGUCCCUCAGCGCUUUGCCUUUGGCUCGGAGGGCACAGCGCAGCUCCAGAUUUUUGCCUUACCUGUCUGCUUCUAUGCCGCUUCCCUGUGCUAGGUGCUAUAGUUCUGAGCGUGACCCCCGGGAAUCCGGCAAGAAGGUGGUGGUGGUCGGUAUUCCCAAUCCCUUCACCUGGGCCCGCACCAAGAUGUAUUUCUUCUUGAUCAGAGCUUAUUUCGACCAGGACUUCACCUUCGAUGAGUUUGCUACUGGUGCUAAACAAGCUUUUGUACAUGUGUCAAAGAUGCUAUCACAGUGUAACUUCAUUGAAUUGAAGGAUCUUGUAUCCAAAGAGGCACUGGAAGAGCUGGAAGAAAAAUGCUUAGCAUUGCCAAUUAAUCGCAGGCAGGCCUUAGCUGCUGAUCUGGAAGAAAUUAUGUAUAGCACACCAGGCGAUGUUGGAAUUUAUUAUGAUAACCAAGGUAGAAAAUUUGUCAGUAUCAUAAUGCGUUACUGGUACCUGACCAAUGUUGACCUUCCUGAUGAGACACCCGAGGGAACUAAAGUGUUUCAAGUCGUAUUUGGUGAUGAAAGUAGCAAAGACAGCAAACGCCUUCUCACAGCAAAUUAUGAAUUUCGUCGAGAAUUUACGCUAGGUGUAGAACCUGACUGGACCAUUACAAGGAUACAGCAUUUUAAACUGUUGGAGUAAUCCUGCUGAAAUAUUACUUAUUCCACUCGACUGGGUGAAUUAAAUUGGCAAACACAGGAACUGGCUUCGUUUUGAAGAAUGCUACUGAUGCACCAUCAAUAACUCUCUCGGAGACAUAAAGGCGAAAUAUCGGCUUUUAUUGACUGGAAGAAGGAACAAGCAGUGGUUGACCACCAUACUACAUCCUGGAGACUGGGAGGCCGGGCUCAGGCCUCAAUCGCCUUUAUACAGGGGUCUGUGGGAGGAGCCACAGGAGCAAUCAGCAGAGGACGUGUCCAGACAGGUAUAUGUAGUUCACCACAGCUACCUCAUGGAAUUAACUCAGGAGCAUCUUGUUCAAUGAGAUUAGGUUAAUUCAUAAACUUACAAUAAAGAUUUUCUUGGAGAAAAGUGAUCAUAAAAUAAUGUUUGUAUGCAGUUCAAAAUAGAUGUAUUGUGGUGACCCACUUUCCAGCGCAUUCGAACCGGCUCACAAAAUGGGAGCCUUGAACUUAACACAAAUUAUGUUGAUAUAGCAGAUACAUUAACCAAGAUAGAUUGGGAAAUUUGAGUUUUGCUGCAAAAAUAUCAAAAUUCUCAAUAUGUACUGUCUAUCAAAGGAGGUGGGGAAGUAGAGCACCAGUCAAUCAAACAUAGCGAAAGGAAGGUAAGGAGAAAAUAAAAUUGUCAGGAAGAGAGGUAUAUGAAAGAUAACACAAGUAAAAACAAAUGGGAGAGGGAAUAAAUUAUUCGAGUAUAAAACAAAUAUUGAAGCAAAUUCUAGGUUUAUGCAAAGAAAAGUAGGAAUAUAGGGAAAAUAAACAUGGGUUCUAUUGACACUGAUAGAAAUAAAUAAAAUGGGAAUUAAUGGAUGUCACAUUAAAUAUUUGCUUCUGUCUUUACAGCAGUGAUUGUAGCGGAAAUUAAGAAGUAAAAGUCUAUUGAGAAAUCUUUGCCUUUAAGAAUAACAGAGAAGUUCAAUCCUUUUGACCCAAAAGCUUGGAAUUUGAGAUGCCAGACAUUGCAGGAUUCCCUUCAGUUAGGUUUAUAGCAAAUAGCUUAUUGGGAUUUAAUGAAGAAGGGAAAGUGAGCAAAGGAUGAGUUAGGCUGUUGCAAAAUGCUUGUAAGUUGUGGUCCUUGGGCCCUUGGAAAAUUAUAAUGUGAUUAUACAUAGUAUAUGUUUUAUUUAGGGAAGUCUUGUUGGUCAGAAUUUGUCUAACACAUUUCAGGUGCAGCAAACAGGGUGGAGAAGACAGAAUACAUGGAUACAAAUUUUCCAAGUCAUUGAUACAGUACCACAAAAUGACUUCACAAGGCUGAUGGAAUUAGAAGCAAUAUUAGCAUAGAUAAGGGAUUGGUAAAAGGACAGAAGAUGCAAAAGGAAUAAGAAUCAUUACAUAUUGGCAGCUUGUUAAUAGUGAUAUGACACAGAGAUCAAUGAUCAGUCAACUUGUAUCAACAGAAAAAGACAGUUACAUCUUAAAUUUGCUGAUUGUACAAAGCUGCAAAGAAAGCUGAGUUGGGAGAGACAGUUAAUGCAAAUGGGAAAGAAGGUGGCAGAUGAAAACUCAGAGUUCAUAUGCCUCCAACAAUAUAGAUGAAUAAUGAGAAACUAGUAAACGUUGGUGCACAGGACUUGGAAUGCUAGUUCAUACACCACAAAUGAAAUAUAGCAAAGAAUUAGAAAGAUAAAUAAUAUGUUGACUUUUAUUGUAAGGGAACUGGGGUAUAAAUUAAGCAGUUCUUGCAGAGAUUACAGAGAGCUUUGAUGAAAUCACAUUUAGUAUUUUGUGCAGUUUUGGUCUCUUCUGGUGAAUGAUCUGCAUGUUCAUACUGGGAUGAGGGAGUGAUGUUUGCAGGAAAGGUUGAGUAAAAUGGGAGUUUAAAAGAAUAGGAGGGACCUGAUGUAGCAACAGAAAAUUCUUAUGAAGAAUUUUCGGGGUAUUAUUUCUGUCCGUGCACAGAAUGGACAAUCUUCCCUGGUCCCACAACGCCACCUUGUUGGUCAACAAAGCGCAGCAGCAUCUCCACUUCCUGUGGAGAUUGAGUUGAGUGAUUUUUUUUACAGGAGCACCACCGAGAGUGUCCUGAUCUGUUGCAUCACCAUCUGAUACAGGAAUUGCAAGGCAUCUGGCUGCAAGACCCUAAGAAGGAUUGCAAGGACUGCUGCAAGGAGUCUCUCUUCCACCCAUUAAGGAUAUUUAUCGGGAAUGCUGCAUACAUAGGACCCUUAGCAUUGUCCAUGUUGCCUCCCAUCCGUCCAACAAUAUCUCUGACCUUAUACUGUCAGGCAGGAGGUACCACAGCAUAAAGACAGGAGCUGUUAAGAUAGGAAACAGCUUAUUCUCCCAGGUUGUAAGACUACCAUUCAGGUCUCAUCAUGCUUGAGGUGCCAGUGGUAUUAUACUGUUUACUUUUUAACUUGUGUCAUAAAUGCACUUUAUUAUCUGUUAAUUUAUUUGUGGUAAUAUUACUUUGUGUUGUGUGUGUGAGCUAUAUGUACUGUGUUGAGCACCUUGGUCUGGAGGAAUGCUGUUCCGUUUGGUGAUAUACAUGUGUACAGUUGAAUGACAAUAAACUGAACUUGAACUUGAGGGUAGAUGCUGAAAGGCUGUUUCUUUUAGCUGGAGAGUCAUGAAUUAGGAGCAUACUCUCAGGAUAAGAAAUCUGACUUUUUGAAUUGAGAUUAGAUUAAAAAUUUUGUGCAGAGUUAUGAAUCCCUGAGAUCAGCUGUGUCCAAAGACAGUGCAGCAUUGAGUAUAUUCAAGGCUGAGAUCAAGAGAUUUGUCAAUACUAAGUGAAUAGGUGGGAAAGUGGUUGAGGCGUAGGAUUAAUCAUGAAUAAUGAAUGACAGAGCAAGCUUGAAAGCUGUAUGGUCAUUUCCAUUUCUUAUGUUCUUAUGAAGCUAUCUUCUCCUUCAGCAACAACAUUGAUCACUCCGCUUUUUGCACAGGUGGGCAUGUCACAAAUUUAUUCUAAUAUCUCUUAAAUGGCUGUAUCUUGUCUUAAAGCUGAUGUGUUAGAACAGCACCCAUGAAAUGGCAAAUGCAUUUGGUAUUCCAACCAGUUUAUCCAAAAAAGAAAUCCCAGGUCUCCUUUGAGACUAUGGAAAGACAAAGAUUCAUAUUUUAAAUAAAUAACUAAUAUCAAAUUCCAUUCAAUCAGCUAUCACUUCCAGCUUAGUUGCAUGAAAACUGUUAACCAUUUUGCCCAGGAUUGUUUAUUGGAUGAAACUAUUUCCAGGCCUCCAGCUCUAUGGUUAAGGAACGAGAAUGACCAGCAAUAAAACAUAAAUUCAGGAAGGAAAUAAAACUCUGCAGGGGUUACAUGUUGGACACAAGUUCAGAGAGUCAGUGUAACAACAGUCCAUGCCCACCAAUCCACAUAAAAUGAAAGGAAAUAAAAACAAUCUCUUAAAAAAAAAACAGUCCUAGACCUAGGCGUGGAUUGUUGUUAUGUCACACUGGUUCUCUGAACUUGUGUCCAACAUGUAACCUCUGCAGUUUUAUUUUCCUCCUGAACUCAAUUCAUGUUUUACUGCUAGUCAUUCUCACUCAAUAUAAAAAGAUAAACACAUGGAUAGAACUUCAUUUAUUGUGCACUUCACUCCUCUUCACAAAACCCUUGCCUGUUCAGAGAAAACUGCAUCUUUGAUAUUUUUAGAAUAUCUUACCACUUAAUUACAUUUCUAAAAAUAUUUACUUGGAAAUUCAUAGUUUCAUAGAGAUAGGCGUGGAAAUGGCCUUUUGGUCAGCGAGCCCACACCUACUAUUAAGCACCUAUUAGUUCUGCUCACAUUUCUAUUCUCCUCAUUUUUGCUUUAAUUCCCUCUCCAGAUUUUACCUCUCACCUAAACAGUGGGGGUAAUUCACAUUGGCCAUUUAACUUAGCAAGCUGCAUGUCCUUGAGAAAACUGAAGGACAAAGAAACUCUACACAACAUGAAAAGUCAGAACUGAACCCAGAUUGCUGGGGCUAAAAGAGUCAGCACCUGCAACAUUUUGCCAUUCCUAAACUUCCCCUGAAGUUGUGGAUUCUACUCCAAGUGAGCCAGUUACAACUAACAUGAGGCUGUCACAAUUGUUCCCUAAUCUCAAGACAUUGGAAUUUUAAGUGUGAAGAAAUUGAUUAAAACUCCUAGAACUUCUCGUGAUAUUCACGAUAAACAAUUUCAACAGUUACUUGCAUUGUGGAUGGAAAUUCGUAAUCUAAACUUUCCAUCAAGAAAUGUUUGUAUUUAUUGAUGAUUGCUGGUCUUGUCCAACUCUAACUUGAUGAGCUCUUGGCAACAUAUUGCCACAAGAGGGCGUCUGUGACUGAAACAAGGCACCCACAUUUAGCCACGAUUAAGCUAUGUUGUGAGCUACGAUAUUAUCUUUUACAUGUACAUGGGAUGUGGCUCAUCUAACUCUUUCCUUGGAACCUCUGUGUGGUGAAGAAACUUUCACGUUGCUGUACGUGUUGAGUUUGAAUAUCUUUACCUACUAAUGGUAAAUGAAUAAUGAUAAAUCGAAAGGUUACAAAGGUGUGUUUUGUGAAGUGGAAUAUUUCCAGUGAUGUUCUCAUGCUCUAAGUAGAAGAAGUUCUCGAGAUGAUCCUGCCUAUACAUUGUAAUGGCUAGUUUCACCUGCAGAUCCAAAAUCUAAAUAAGAUAAUUUUCAUUAGACGGAUCUUAGCUUUUGAUGAAUCAUGAUGGGAGUAUAUGCAUGAAGUAUCUCGACCGCAUUAAUCCUGAGAGUAAAGAAAGACUUCUUUCAUCCAUUCAUUAAUUGUCUUUUCAACUGGUUAACUGAUAAAAUCUAGCACUUAGUCAAGCAUUAGCUGCACCUGUUUUUUUUUCAAAUCUCAAUCACUAGUUUUCUGUGACUGGUGAAAUGGAGUAAAAGAUUGUUGAACGUGCAGCUUAAACGUCAGUGAUAGAUCUCACGUUCAUGGCUCUAGUAAGUUUGAAUAGUUGCAGGCAGUGGAAAGGAUAAAGCAUUGCUUGAAUUUGUGGUGAACAGGAAAUGAUUCACAUUAUGGGAGGAGAACACAGAUGUUUGCAUUUGGACUUCGGAAAUGCUUAAUUUGGAUGCUUUGGUGGAAGUUGUGUUGGCUCUAGAGAUGGAGGUUUCUCCAAGGUAAUGAAAGCAAAACAGUUUUGAACUCUGUUCUGAUCAAUUACUUCCAUUAGAGUUAUCAGCAGGAAGCAUUUUGCCUUUUUGGCAUUAUUAUCCUGCACUUCCUAGCAGAAUUAGAAACUCUGGGAAAUUAGUUUGUUUUUAUAUCUGAGGCUUAAGGCAUGCAAGCUUAGCCAUAGAAUCUCUGUAUGACUGCUGUGAUACUGUUGGUAAUAUGGAUCAGACAUAACUUGGCUGUAUUGUAGAAUCUCUUGGCAUCAGGGAGCAUUUGAAUACAGACUGUAGAGAAGCCAGGUGGUAACCUGGUAGAAGGUACAGAGUGGGACCUGGUUAAUAAUGGUAUUGGGUUCUGCGACUGUGCAUGGUGGAAGGAGUUCUGUAACGAGGAAUGUUAUUGGAACAGUUGCUGUAGGCAAAUGGGAAGUAAAUGCUCCUAUAGUUAUGACAGCAGGGAAAGCUGUCACCAGGGAUGCAUUAAGACAACAAUUAAGGCAGCCAAAGGAAUAGAUGUGGCCAUUCUAGGAGGCCCAAAUGGGGAAAAGCAAUAGAUUUUACUGAGAAAAUGUUUCUCAGUAAUUGCACACAUGGGAACUCUAUGACUGCCCUCCAUCUGUGUCCUAGAUUUAAUAAUGUUUUGAAUCUCCGAUUCUAGUUUGAUUCAUUCGUCUUCAUUUGUUUUUGCAAGUGGCUUCUUUUGGCUUCCAUGUCUACAUUCUAAUUCUUCAUUGGUUGUUUACUUUUGCUUUCCGGGUUUCAAAUUUUUAUAUUUAUCACUUGGAGUUCAAAUAUGUUCAUUACAAAACAUAUUUGUAAAGAAAUAUGUUUAGUCAACCAAUUGACUAAACCAAUUUAAUCAAUGUGUGGUGCCAAUGUAGAGUGGUUGGCAUCUGUCUGUCUUGAAGGACUGUUAUCACCAUCACAAGCCUGGGCAGAAGGUACGUUGAUCCUGAGAUGCCCAAUCAAGAUCCCCCUCUCGGCCUCACCAGUGUAGUCCAAGGAAAGCUUGACACCAGCUUGGCUGUAGGAGCUGCUGGAAGGGUGUUCAAUGAUGUGCAGCCACCUUAGGGGCUCCAACAUGGAUUUGUUGUCUAGGUUUACACCUGUAGCCUUUGUCUCUUCCGAAGCUGCCCACAAGGCAGUAGGGCUAUUUAUCCCUAGCUGGGGAUCUGGUUCCCGAGCACCAGGGCAUGUCCAUGUGCCAGUGAGCCUGUGUUCUACAAGUGCAAGGGCCAGACCUUCUCCCCAUCCUCGCUAGUUCAGCCUGAGUCUGAAUGGAGUUCAGUCUCCAUAUGAGGAGGCACUACAUGAGGCUUGCUUGGAGAUGCUAUGUACUGGCAGGGACAGACUUACACAUUCAGUUCUUCUUUUCUCAAGGCUGCUAGCCAGCGAUGGAAGCUGAAAGUGAGAAUGACAAGCAAUACCCACUACACUACCACGCUAGAUGCAUCAGAACAAUCAUUUUGAGACCAGGUGCAAUUGUAGCCAUAUAGAAAUGUAACACCAAGGUGUUAAAUAGGAUAUGUGUGUUAAUCGCAAUGUUGAUAAGAUUAUUGAUAGCUAUAUUUCAUACUGGAGUGGGGAGGUCGGGCAAAUCAUUAGCAGAUUGAAUCAAUGAAGCAGUAUCCAUACCAGUAGAGAUCAACAGAACAAUUAUCUUGCCCUUCAGAAGCACUUUUUAAUUAUGGAGGUAGAUAUACUAAUUGGUUAUGAUUUAAGGCCAUUAACCUGAAAUAUUAAUUCUGCUUCCUCUUUUUCUAAGUGCUGUCCAAGCUGCUGAGUAUUUGCAACAGUUUCACUCUUCAUUAAGGAUUUCCAGCAGCACUUUGCUUUGUAUUAUUGCUCUAUAAGUUCAAAUGAUGUAGGUAUAUUUUCUGUUACAGUGUAUUUCGUAACUCGUUUUAGGAAGAGACAUUGAGCUUAAAUUAGUAAGUUCUCAGGCCCUAAUUUUAAUCAAAGUCAUGUUGAACAUUCUUUUUCUUUCUUGCUGUUGUGAAGUUUCAGACGGAUACUUGCAAUUUGAAUAGUUGGAAAAAUUCACAUUGGCAUUGCAGAUGCUUGUGAGUUUUUGUAAAUUGCCAGAAUUGUUGAGCUCUUUUAUAGAGAAACUGAAGUUUGCAGUUCUCUCACCCUUCUCCCCUCCAAGGCCUCUCCGUACCCUCAUCCACACCUCUCCUGAACACGUCUCUUGCAUUUUAUUGAAGAUUUCCAACUUCAUCUGGACUAAGCACUGAAUCCAGAGAGCUGUUUGAAUGUAAAGGCAACAUGGUUGAACCUGAUCUUGCAUUGUUCCUGGUUUUCUAGAUAGGCUGUUGCAUGACAAAGGCUAGUUAUUGUUUGGUGAGUUGACAUCAUUGCAGAAGUGAGGUAGACAAAAUGAAAAAAAAGAGACAAAUUGGAAAUAUUUUUAAACAUUUUAAAUAAAAAUGUUUAAAAAAUUAUAUAUGUUAUACUCUGUGCUUUUUGCAGUGUAGGAAUUACCAUUGAAAUGAUGCCACUGUGGUCAUAUUAAAAAAAUGACCAAUUGAAAUGUUUCAACAAUGUCAAGGAAUUAUUAGUCAAACUGCUUUCUCUUCAGACAAGGUGAUGUUUUGGUCUCCACCUGAGUGUACAGAUGAAAUGGUGCCUUGGAUUAACAACCUUUUGACAAAACAUUGACCCUUCAGGCUGGUAAUGAAAUGUCAGUCACAAAAGAAGCAAGCUAUGCUACAUCAGAGAUCUAUGCACAUAACAGGCUAUUGAUUAACUAAUAUGGUGCUUUACCCUAUAGAUGCUUCCUGGCCUGCUGUGUUCCACCAGCAUUUUGUGUGUGUUGGUGCUUUACCAUAUGACUUAACAGUAAAUUGGGAACUACUCCAAGAAAUCUGACAACUCAACGUUUAUGACUUCUAGCAGCAAACUGUUUGACUGGAAGUAUAAUGGGGUAUGUGUGUUCCCAGUAUUUAUUAAUCUUGCAUUUAGUUUUAGGGGUGAUAUAUGAAAAUGAAGGAAAUUUUGCUUAGCAUGAGCACUUUCAAAAAUUCUUAUGUUUCUUCCUCCAUAUAGGACAUUGUUUUAUAGGAGAAAGUGUUUGAAUAUAAUUUGAAAAUAAUUCCCUAAUACCAAAGUGGGGAUUCAGGUGCAAUCUUAAUGUAACCUUAGCUAAAUUGAUCAGUAUAAAAGUAAGUUCUGAGUAAGAUUCUUACUUCAGGCAUGUCAAGAUAAGGGAUGAAGUUUAGUCUGCAUCAGUAGUUUAAUUUCAUCAUCAAGGAUCCUCACCACCCAGGCCAUGCUCUUUUCUCACUGCUGCAAUCAAGUUGAAGUUACAAGUUCCUCAGGACUCACCACCACCAGGUUCGAGAACAGUUACUACCCCUCAACCAUCAGGAUCAUGAAUAAAUGGGGAUAACUACACUCAGUCUGGUGUUCCCACAACAAAUGGUCUCACUUUAUCUUGUUAUUUCAUGCUCUGAUUAUUUAUUGCUAUUUGCAUUUGCAGUUUUUUGUUCAUUGAUCCUGUAUACGGUUACUGUUCUAUAGAUUUACUAAGUAUAUCCAUAUGGAAAAGAAUCUCAGCAUUGUAUGUGGUGACAUGUAUGUACUCUGAUAAUAAAUUUCACUUUGAACUUAA